AUGAUAGUGGAAGAAAUAUCUCCAAAUGAUAAGGAAAUUCGCGAGGUAUCUAUGAAAGCCCAACAGUUUAGUGAAAUCACAAAGAUUCUCUUGAAGGGAAAUCAGGAUAAGGGUUUUGAUAUGUUAAAGUUUAUGUGCUGA